AUCAUCUCAUCUUUCAUCUUCUAUUACAAUAACUAACUUGUGCGCAAACAGCUUCCAACAAUUUUUCUCGUUGGCAUUAUUUCCUCGCACAAAUAAACAAACAAAUAUCGCAAAAAUGUACUUGGAGGGCACUGGACCGAAUCCAGCUAGAUCAAUGUCAAGGGUACAUGCAAUGGUAUAAAAAGUUUUAUAAAUUCGUUGCACUGUGCUCGACCGCACAACAUACGCUUCUGAACCGUCUUGAGCGCAUCGUCGAAAGAAAUUCAAACCUCACAACAUGGACCGCUGGCAUGGAAAGGUAGCCGUAGUGACGGGUGCCAGCUCGGGUAUUGGUGCUGCCACUGCAAAAGCGCUUGUACGCGCCGGUAUGGUUACGAUCGGCUUAGCAAGACGUGUGGAACGAAUAGAAGCACUCCGAGCGGAACUGCCAGCUGAUGUGGCCGGAAGACUCCACGGUAUUCGUUGUGAUGUCACUAAGGAGGAGGACAUUUUGGCCGCUUACCGCGAGAUAGAGGCCCAGUAUGGAGGUGUCGAUGUGCAGAUAAACUGUGCUGGAAUCGCGAGACAUACCAUACGCGUACUUCAAGCGAACAAUACGCAAGAUCUCCGUGAUAUAGUGAAUACCAGUCUGCUCGGAUUGGCCCUGUGCAGCCGGGAAGCGUAUUUAUCGAUGCAGAAACGUUCGGUUGAUGGCCAUAUCGUGCACAUUAACAGCAUUGUCGGACAUUCAAUUCCGCCGCUGAACACGCUGAACAUCUAUCCGGCGGUUAAGUAUGGCGUGACGGCACUCACGGAAACGAUGCGCCAGGAGUUGCGGUUUGCCGGAACCAAAAUUAAAGUUACGAGCAUUAGUCCGGGUUUUACGAGAACUCCGAUCAAUCCCAACAGUAAUACCUACACGGGACCCAUUCUCGAACCGGAAGAUAUUGCCGAUGCGAUUCUGUACGCUCUCGGUACUCCACCAAGGGUGCAGAUACACGAGCUGACAAUCAAACCAGUUGGUGAAGUAGAGUAAAAUCACACCAUACAAUAUAACAAAUGUUUAACAUGUUAGUAAAUUAAAUAUCGCUUUCGUCGCAAAAAAAAUCUUUCUGAUAAUCUCUUCAACGAUAAUCAUUCCAACAUGAUUAGCUGAGUUUUAGACAUCAACUCCCAGGAAUAUGCAAUUACUUAGAAUCGCCUAGUCAAUUUUGUGUCUGAAUCGGUCUAUCACGUCGGUAGUCUCCAAAAAUUCUUCGAGUGUUUUUAUCCAGACAUUCCACCAACACAACAAAGUGUUACCAAAUUGUUACACCAUUCUGUCACAAAUAUUCGUCCAACCUUUAAAGACUCCAAAGUAAAUGAUGUUUUUGAGUA